AUGGAAGUGGUAGACUCUCAUAUGUCUGAACAUUUUUCAGCCCAAGCUCCCACCCAUAUCGAUAUCGACAUGUCUCCAGAGUACGAUGAUGACGCGGAAUACGCAAUGCACGAUGUAACCGAAGCCACAACAACGACCAACGAUGAAGAAAUAUAUGAUGCGGAAUUCGAAGAACUACCUGAACAAACAGAAAUUGAGAUGGACGAAUACGCGGAUGAAGUCGAGUUAGUGGAGGAUAAUGAAUCCCACAUGGGGACAUAUGUCCCAACGGAUGACGCCGCGACAGUUACAGAUGUGACUGUUGAAGACGUGCAGUUGCGCUCUUCCCCGGUGCCUGAAGGGACUCCUCAUGGAGUAAUGCGUCCCAUUUCACCACACGUUUCCGUAACCGCCGGACUUUUAAACGAGGUCUCUGCAGAUGCCCUUGCACAACACUCCCCUCAUUCGGUGGCUACUCUUGUCGACGACUCCGAAGCCGAACCUUUGCCGGAUGAUAGCACAAAAGAAGGUAUCUUGAACGAAGUAAUUGACCUUACUGGGGGUGAUGACGAGCCACAAAUCGUAUCGGUGGCGACCGUAGAAGAGGGUACCUCGGUUGAGCUGGCCGAAUCCACUGACCAAGAAGCGACUCGAUCCGAACACGAAGUUCUCCAAGUCGACCAUGAUACCACUGAACAGGAGUCCUAUGAUGCGGAGGAACCUGCUUUUGAAGUCCCUUCAAUUGACUCGACGGUUCCUGAACAACUCGUCGAACAACGCCAAGAAGAGCAAACUUCUGAAGAUGUUGAUCAAGAUGAGGAUGUUGUGGAAGUACCAACACACCUUGAGAUACCUGAGCAACCCGAUAAUGAUGGACACUCGCCUAUUGAAGAGGCCCUGGUAAUCAAUCAACAGGUUCGGGAUGAUGCAGCUGAUUCCAUGGAGCCUUCGCCCCCCGUUCGUCUCUAUUAUAGGGACGAAGGCAAAGGCACUGAUAAGAUCUUCGAGAUUUUUGCUCCGACCGGCUUGGAAUCUCAUGAAGCGGAGCUAUUGUUCCACGACAACCGUACAUUGUUUUAUGAACCCCUGUCAACGUUUUUCGCCAGGUUACGAGAAACAGAACAUUUCUCCAGUGACGGCUGGGAAGAUGUUGAGAUGGGCAUCAGAAUGGAUUUUGAGGACUCGAGCAUCUCAAUUAAUGAGGCAAGCAUUAUGGACCAUAAAGAAACAGAGAACAUUUCUUUGUUUAGAUUAUCAUUCAUUUGGUCUGGAUUAGGACUGGAAGGGCCUCUCGAACUAGCCCUAGUCAGACGGUCCGAGCGAUUCACGGUUCAAAUGGCUCGAUUAAUUGAACAAGUUGAGCAGAGAGAUUUCCAUGCUGAAGGCCCCACCGAUCAUCACGGAGUCCCGCAUGAGAUCGAAACAGGAGCCAAUCCUGAAAUUGACGGGGAUAAUGUCGGGAACGUCGACACCAAGGCUAUUACUAUGAAUAACCAAGAAAAAUCCAGGGCGCCAAUCGAAUCUGAUGAUGUAGCAGGCAGUCCACCUCGUGGUGUUCAGGCAAGUGACACCGAUGAAGACGCGCAAGCGAUCGAUACCACGCAAUCCAAUGUGCUUAAUGAGCAGCCUCGGGAUGUCGACGAUUCAAAUGAACGUGAUACAGUCCAAGAGACCGAAGUCCACGAAAAUCCUGAAGAAGUAGCCCAGGAUAUUAUAGCCCCCAAUGGGGAUUCGACACAGCAAACUGUAAAUACCACCCAUCAAGAUCCUGAAACAGAGGACACCGACCCGAACCCAAAUAAUGACGGGAGCACAGUUAACGACGGGCAAUCUCCGAGCGCUUCCACGCCUCAGCCUCAAGAGGACGACUAUGAUGAAUAUGAGACCGAAGGAGCAAAUGCUCCAGCGCCGGCGCAAACUUCCAUCCAGAACGAGGCGCUGAGCACGGAGUGGGACGCCAAUGAGUAUGACUAUGAGGAAGAUUAUGAGGGCGAUGAAGAGCACAGCAAACACACAUUGCCGGGCAAUACUCCUAAUGAGCCUACAGACUCCGACCAAGCGCAUUCCACCAUGUCCGCGCCAAAGGUCUCCGAACACGAGUCUCAGAAUACCAGCCUUAAACGAAACCUGGACGAGCUGGAGUAUGAGGAGCCCGUCAGAAAGCAAUCUUUGAACUCCGAGUCGGAUUUCUCGGACUCGCCCAUGGGCUUGCCUACUGAUUUGCCUACCGAUUCGCCUACCGAUUCGCCUAUCGAUUCGCCCUGUACCGAGCCGCAUGAACUGGGCCCCGCAGGUCCUGAGCCAGGCGAGAAACCACAAUACCGUGGGAGGAUAACUCACCUGGUCAAGAAGAGCGAGCCACCUGCAAGGCCUAAUGUCCACCAGAGCCGCAACCAAACCUUGCAGGUCGUCACAGAGGAGUCGACCACACAGUAG